AUGGUACAGUAUUCAGUUCUUCGUGUAUAGCGGGUAAGAAAACAGGACGCUCGCGUGUUCACUUGCCUUUCAAAACAAAGAAAACAGCCUCUCUCCUCAAGAGGUCGUUCUUCUAUUGAGAAAAUAAUAGUUUACUGUCGCCAUGAGGCUCGCAAUCGCGACAUUUGUUCUAAUAGUUCUCGUUUCUGAAUUCACGAGUGCUAGAGAAAUCACACAUGAAGAUAUUAAGGAUGCAAUGUUGAGUCUCGUGCACAUGAUGCGCGAAAAUACGGAGAAAUUGGAAAGGCAUGAGGCACGCGAGCGACAAUUGGGUGAGCAAAUGAAAAAAUCAGUGGCACUUUUAACAAAAAAAAUAACCACUGUCGAAGGAUUCAAACCACAUUUGGUCAAACUGGAUGAGCGAGUCGCUGGAAUAGAACAACUUAUUGCUCAGAGGGACGAGAGAGAGAGGAUACAGAUGCAAAAGACGGCGGACACACUCGAAGAUUUAGAAAAUCGUUUAGACGGUUGGCUGACUUCCAUCGAGAAUAAACUCACAGAAGUCAAUGGCCAUUCAGAAUCCAAGUCAUCCUCAGAAAUUCUGGCAAAGCUGAACGAAACACAAGCGUUGAUUGCCAAACAAGUUGCUAAUUUCGAGUCGAGUGUGAAAGACCUGAGUCUUAGAAUGAGAGACGAUGCUAAUGCUCACAAGGACAAAAUACAGACCGUAUUCUCUGAAGUGAGAAAUAUCAGCUCGAGGAUUGGCGAUAUAGACACUUCAAUAGGAAAAAUGAGAGAGUUUUCUAAUAAUGUAGAAAGCAGACAAGCAGUUUCCCCUGAAAUUAGUGCUUCGCUUGUAGAACAAAGUAGAGCUCUCAGCAGAGUGAAAGAGAUUUUGGAAGACACUUCUGAACGCAUUCAAGAACUCCCAAGAAUUUCAGAACUGCAGUCUCUGCAUAAUGAAACCCAAAUGGCUUUACAAGAUACUAAACAUGCCCUGCGAGAUUCCAUAACUCGAGGAACUGAUGGACUUGAGAGUAAAAUAGUGGAAACUAAAGAAGACAUUAAAUAUGCUAUUAGUGCACUUCGAAUUGACCUUGCAACAAAUGCUGACAGAACAAAUCAAGAACUUCAUGAUUUGGAAAAAGGACAAUCUGUGAUGGUGUCAAUGGCAGACCAUGUGCUUGAUACGAAAAAAAGGGUAGAAUAUGGUGUACAUCAAAUUUUAUUAGAAGUUGGGGAUUUGCUAAAAGCUCAAGGGACGAAUAUUAAUAAUACCCUUAACACCAGAUUUGAUGGAAUAUCAAAUGAUAUAAUGGAUAAUCAAAAUGGAGCUUUAGCUAAUUUGACAACUAAAAUGGAACAGGAAAUGAAUCAAGUUUGGAGGCAAAUUAAUGUUAUGUAUCAGCAAAUGAUGUCGAGUGCAAAAGCUUUGGAUAAAUUGCAUAAACAAAAUGAAGCUUACGUUAAUGGCACAACUUCCACAAUGGGUGGGAUGGAAAGCAAGGUGGGAGAAAUAACGAAGAGGAUGUCUGAAGUGGAUGAAAAUUUGAAUUACCUUUUGGGAAGAUUAUCCCUUGUGACUCAGGAAUUCAACCAAAUAAAAAGUGGCCUUGGCGCAGCUCUGGAUAAUAUUAGAGCCUCCUUCAAAGAAGUUCAGGAAAAAGCAAAUGAUUUGACUCCAGGUCCUCAUCCAGUUCCAGAAAAUUAUAAAGAGUUAGACGAAUCCAAACCCGAUAAGCCAACACCUGAAAUAAUCAGCUAAGGCCUCAAAGAAAGAUCAAAUUUCACUGCAAUUAAAUUAAAGCGCCCCCAAAACUAGAAUUUAAAUUUUUUUGAAGCGUUUUUAAAGCGUUUCCAAAAGAUAAACGUUUCCAAAUCAUUUUGCAAUUUAUUAAUCUCAGAAACGCUUUAAAAACGCUUCCAUUUUGAAUCCGAAAUUAAUAUUUUCCGACCGUACAAAGUUGAAUUGUGGAAAGAACAUACCAUUAUAAACCACAAUAAAAAAACGCAUAGAUACUUUUUAUAAUUAUACUGUUUUAUAUUCUGAUAUAACAAAUACAUGACCCACGAUAUUUGAAUAAUCGCUAAAUUGUACAUCGUGAUAUUUUCUGAAAGCGAUGCUUCAAUUAACGCGAACAAUGUCACGGAGUUCGCUAGAAUUUUUUAUAUUUUAUAUCCUUGAAAAGGCAUUUACUAUCUACAAUAGAUAAAAACGAACGAAACGUUUCAGAGACACAAACACGAAAAGUGUCAAUCGAAUGAUUUUCAUUUUUACAAAUUUAAUUAAUCUUUUUCGUUUUAAUUCCGUUUUUGAGAUUCGACACUUUUGUGUUUCUAUCUCUGGAAAAAAUGCAGCUCAGUAUCGAACCAAUAAGAAAUUUAGUAUUAUAUGUAUUUGUACGCCUCAUGUUUAGGAUGUAAGACUUGUUUUAAUUUUCGAUAAACGGAUUAACCGUAGAGCCUAAAAAGUGAAAGCAAAGAGGUAUUUUGUCCCCUCAGCAAAGUGCUGGAUGAAAAUAAAAAUUCAUUACGCUA